UACCCUGUUUUUUUUAGUGUAAAGUGGCUAUACAGUGUAUUAGAGAACGUUUUCAAGUAAGACAUCUACUAUUUGGUGAAUCCCAGACUAUCGUACUUGCUAGAGUAACUGCGAAAAAGUAGUAAUAAAGUUCUGAAAGCGAGAGGGGCGUGAGGCGACUCUCCGGGGUUGAUGACACGAAUGACAUAUUUAUGCCGGUUUUAGGUUGUUUAAGGUCUUAUUUGGGUUGGUUUACUGACUCAUUUAUGUAGGUUGUUAUUCUCUUUCUGUUUGCUUCAUAUGCGUUGCUGAUUCUGUUCGGGAUUUGGUUUGUUUAUGUUUGUUUCUGGUUUGUUUAUGUUGGUCUUAUUUUUGUUUGUGACAGCUUCAGGUGAAUAUGGAAUAAACACUGGUAAUUACUUACACUAGGAUUGCUUCCAGUGAUGCAGCGGCCUCUGCUUAGCUCUCUGGCAAAGGUCAGCAUGCAUAGGUAAAGUGUUUGUUUAUAUACAUACCUACAUGUACACAUACAUACGUAGUUACUUGCACAUCCUAAUAACAGUCCUCCCUGACCAGGACUCAGACCUCUGCCACCCAAGUCUAGGAGGUUUAGCACUGCUCAUUCUUGGCCAUUCCUGGAGUGGCCUGGUUGUGCGACCCAGUCGGAUUAGCGCUGCCUAUUCUGGGUCUUAUCCAGAAUGGCAGAGGUUCGAGUCCUGGUCAAGGAGGGUUAUUAUUUAGUUAUAUAGAUGUGUUACUGUAAUUUUCCAACAAACACUCAUAAAUUUAUUUAUUUAUGUAAUUAUAUAGCUAAAAUUUGAAGUCUGAUUUCUAUAUCUUACAGAGUAAACAAUACAUGAAAUUCAGUGAAUGGUAAAUUCUUUGGCAAUUAUUAUAUAUGAUAUAUCUGUUGCAUAAAGAGGUAAUAUAGAAUUACAAAUAGCAUACCCAACAACACUAGCAUCAAGCAUAAAAGGUAUACUGGCCAUAACCUCUAUACCAAAGGACCAUCAACCUAAUGCUUACAUUUAGUUAAUUUAGAGCCAAGACUGGCUCCUUAUUCAAAGAUUAAUUACUUUGAGUUGACAAAAGUCCUAAAUCAUGGUGACAAUCAUUAGUCAUAACCAGUCUAGAUGUACUUGUUAAUUUUUAUGAAAAAAAAAUUAUAAGAUUUACCAAAAGAAAAACAAAAAAACUUGAUAAGAUUUACCAAAAUUGUUGGAACACUUACUGAUGAACCUGGUAUGAAAUUAGAUUACUUUUGUUAUUUUAACCAACUGUAGCAAUGGUAUAACCCUGACAGAGCAUGGUAGAUAAAGUAUACAAACUAAAUUACUGGGAAAACAUAAAGGAAGUUAUUCUUAAAAGGUCUCUGUUGUCUAACAAUUUUAGUAUCAUUGGAUUGCUUGUAAUGCAUAUUAAUCAUUUUUCCUCUAAUCUUUCUUUCUCUGUUUGAGUCCAAUCAUGGCUUGCAUAGUGAGUGAUGAAUGUCCAAUGAUUGCGACAGUUCACUGAUGCAACAGUCCUGAAAUUGAGAAAGAGUAAUUUUUGAUUAUUAUGCUUGGAAACAGAGCAAAAGUAGCACCUACAUGUUUGUCUGUAGGCAACAACCAGUUAAACUGAUUCCUAAAUCAACUAGUCUGUCAUAAGUAUUAUGUACAGAGUAGCCUCAAAGGGAGGCUAUCAGGAACAGAACCCCCAUAUAUCAUAUAUGGGUGUUUGUUUGCUUUAAGUAUCAUAUUAGCUUAUUAUGUUAACUAAAACUACAAUAAAUGGCUAGUAUACAUCAUAAGCAGUCACCACCAGUGUCAUUCAAUCAUCUGCACAGCAUAUGUAGGAAAAUACCAAUGCUGGUACAGAAUGUCUUAGGUUUUCUAACAUUCAUUAAAUCCACAAUUCCUCUGGCCUGUGUCUCAAGCCAGUUGCAAUUACAGCCUGUUUCAUCAAAGCAAAUUUUUGUCUUUAUUGUUUCAUGAGCUUGAUUUCACACUCUAGAAAAUGUAUCUUUCACUAUCGUAUGGCUAGUACAUACCACACAGUAGAGCAUCAAAGCUGAAAAAGCUACUGAUAGUUACCCCCUUUUAUAGGAGUUGAAAUAGAAAUAAUAUGAGAGAGGAAAAAUAAGCAUAAGAAAUGUAAAGCAAUAAUAUAUAAUUAUGUAAAACAAUCAAACAUUCAUAAGAAUAUGUAGGCAUAAAAAAACAGUAAGAAACCAAGAGAAAACUAUUUAAAACAUUCAUUUUGCAGAGGGGUCAGGGAGGUGGGCCUGAAAAAGGAUCAGGUGUUUGGGUAGAUGAAAUUUGCCAUUCAAUCAGAUAAUUAUUAUUUCACACUCACAUUCAGGGAACCAGGACUGUAGUAUGAUUAGUUGAAGGAGAGGAAGGACCCAAAGAGGAAAGGGAUUUAGGAGUCAAACUCAUAUAUUAAGUCUGUUUUAAAUUCAUUAAAUCAAGCUACAUAAGCCAUCCAUCUUUGUUUUACACCAAGUCUGGAACAUUUAAGAGUGAGGAGUGAAUGUUCUAAGGAAAUUUUAAAUUACAUUAAUAAUAAACCCAGAAAAGUGCAGAAAUAAAUCAGAUAUGUAGGACUGCAGGACUGCCAUGCAUUAAAUGAUUUGUAAAAGAAAUAAUAGAAAAGACUUAUUCUAUGAAUUUUAUCUUGUAUAUGAGGUGCUUAUUUCAUAGGGACACUCCUUUGGAAGUACUUAAGUGGUUAAAAUUCUGUUUAUCUACAAGUAUUGUAUUUGGGUGAGGAGAGGCUGUAAAAUGUUGAAUGCCAAUGCUCAGUUUUUUAUAUGUAGUACUUAUGGACUUCCUGAAUUAAGCACCUCAAAUAUGAUAUACAGUAAUAUACACCUGCACACGCACUCACACACCAUCAAAUCCAUACAUACCUAUAAAACACACACACACACAAAACUACUUAGUGGUGGGUAUCUUUAAAAUCAAAUACACCAUUUUGCCUGAAGUCUCUCCAGACCCUUUUGAUGUCACUCUAGGAUGAUGGAGAGCUGUAUUCCUCAGUUUUGAACUUUAAUUGGUUAUUACAAUUUUCUUUCUGUUUGUGAUUGUAUUGUAAUAUACAUGAAAAGCUGCUAUAAUUUUUAGGUGAGUGUUUUAAGUAGCUAAAUUGGUAACAAUAUUUCAGUUUUUUUCUUGAUGUCUUUUCCUUUUAUUUUAUUAUUUUUUCCCUAGGGAAAAAUCUCUUUAUCAUUCUCUAUUACUUACAAAUGUUUCUGUAAGUAAUAGAGCUGGUUCAAAGAAUAUAGUAACUUAGAAUCAUAGUUUGUUAUGCAAUCCAAAAUAGAAUUAUUAUUGAUACAUCUUCAGUGAUGAGUAAUGAUGAGUUGUACAUAGGGUAUAUAUAGGACUUUUUAAAUUUUCUUUUUGUUUAUUGCUCAUAUUUUGAUCUAUUUUUAUUUGCUUGAGUAUGUUUUAUGUUUCGUUGUUAUUAUUUUUGGGAGGGGGAGUGGGUAUUGAUAAGGAAUGAAAAAAGGAGAGGUUCUAUGAAAAUUACAGCCAGGAGAAUUGGGUAAAUUCAUACAAGUUUUAGAUCCUUUCACCUUUAUCCUUCAUCACCUUCAUCCAGAGAGAAAAGGAAGAAAAAAGUAAAUUGCUUCAUGUGAAUAAGGGACUUGCCUACCUUCCCAUUUAUUUUUUACUUUUUUUUUCUGAUAGAGGUUUGAUAAAUGAUAUGUAUACUGAGGUAAAGAACAGGUCUGAGAUAAAGAAUAGGUCUGUUGAGAUAAGAAAAAGGUCUACUGAGAUAGAGAAUAGGUAUGAUGCAAUAAAAAAUAGGUCUACUGAUAUGAAGAAUAGGUCUAAUAAGGUAAAGAAUAGGUCUAAUAAGAUAAAGAAUGGGUCUACUGAGAUAAAAGGGUAGGUCUCUUGAGAUAAAGAAUAGCUCUACUAAGAUAAAGAAUGGAUCCUCAGAGAUUAUUUUUUUAAAGAAAAUUCGUGAAAUAGUCCUCAUUUUGAUUGAAGGACCCCCCCUCUCCCUUGCUCAUUGUUGUCAUGGGGGUGUAGGAAUCAUCCACCCGAACCAUUACUCAGCCUUCAGAAUACCCCUUCCUCUCUCUCUCAACAUCUGCUACUCCAUCUUCUACUGCGCAGUCUUCUUCAUUGUCUAACCUCUCCCCCCUUAUUACCUAUCUUCUUCCCUAUUUUCCUCCUCCUCCUCCUCCUCCUCCUCCUCACAGUAAUACCUCACUCCACACCACCCCAUCUUCCUUCCACCCUUAUCCUUCUACUGUUUCAACCUGUGCAAACUUUUUGAGUACUCUUUUUGGACCAGCCAAGUAGGAUCGAUUCUCUGUGCUUCCCCCUACAGCCCCGUACUCUGACAAAACCCUCCUCUUCCAACAAUGUCUCAAAAAAUAGGUAGGCAAAGUUUCCUUUCACAGUUGUUAAGAUAGUUCACACCUUGUCACAGUUACUUCUAAGUCCCAUGCACAUGCACUAUCUACCCUGACUGAUCUCACUGGCAAACCUAUUCCAGCCCAACCUUACUCCUCCCUUAACCCCUUCACGACAGGUCACGUCUCUAGACGUCAUAACAAACUGCUCUAAAUGUGGAAUGCGGCUGUACACCAUGGCAGCACACCAAAGCACUAUGAGGUGGUGAUUCGGCUUGAUGUACCGAAAUCCCGUGCUCAAAGUCGGCUCGUUGCCAUUGAUCGCCAGAGCGAAGAGGUUUUUUUUUUUAGUUUUCUUCACCCGUCACAAAGGGGUUAAUACUUGUACUGGAACGGUUUCUGUCUCCCCAAUUGAUUGCCCUGUUUAGGCUGUGAAAAUGACCUGUUCGCUUGCCUUGUUGACUAUGAUGCAGUGGCAGUUCAGUGCUACGCUAUUCCUUCCAGAGGCCAGCUUAAGUCCUACACCAAUAUUGCCUUCACUCCACUCCCCUCCCAUCUUUUCAAGAUGUCUCGGUAUCUCUUCCAUUUACCCUGAACCAUGCUACCUCUACUCCCUCUCUCCCCGAGUCAAAUUCUUUUUCCUGUCUAAAUCCAGAUACUUGAAUCUCUACCACUUCCCCAAUGCCUGCCUACCCUCCUACUCACUCUUGUUGUCACAUUAGACAAUCUAAACUUUCCACCCUAUUUUCUCCUACCACAUCCUGUCCUACACCCACCUUUUCCUCUGCUCCUUGCACCUCUAUCCCCUCUUCUUCUCAAGAAAAUCUUUAAUUCUCAGACCUCCCCAGAUACUCUUGAAGAUAUCCAAAACUUCCUUAACAUAACUAAAGAGAACACUCCACUCCCUUAUCCACUCUUCAAUCCCUCUAUUACUAUUCACUCUGCAUUCAAAAUAUUUGCUGAAAUCCAUCCUCCUCUUCCUCCCUUUCUUCUCCAAAAUAUCCCAUCCUCUCCUUCUCUGUUUGCACCACCAUUCCCUCUUCCUUCCCCAUUUAUCCUUAACACUCCCACCUGGAUAUGUGACUCUCUUAUGUGACAACUUCUCUGGAUCCCUUACUUCCUUAUACUCCACCAACUUUCCCUUAUCUCAUUCUCUGGAUUAUUCUCCUACUUCUCCAGCUGUCAUUUCUAUCCAUAUUACCUGUUGAUUGUUUCAUAAUGUCUUUUUUGCAGUUUUCCUUAUGCAGUGGUACUUUUCCCUCCUUAGACGCAUCUAAUCACCCUAUACCCUUAACCCCUUUCCCUUUUACAAAUCCGUGCCGUAAACUAUUUGCUCUCCCCUCUUUACCCUGUCAUACUAUCCUACUAUCCUCUAAACCUUUGACAUCUAACACAUUGUCCUUCAUCAUAUUGCUAUAUGAUAUCUAGCAUAUUUAUUUGUUUUAUUAUCCAUUCUGGGAAUCCACAAACAUUGCCUAAUCAGCCCAGGCAUCACCCUAUCAUCAUAUUUUGAAUACUUGGCAGAAACUUUUCAAUAUAUGAUAAAAUUGAUUGAAUUAUUAAUAUUAGAAUAUUAUCUACAACUUGUUUCACAUUAUGGUCAAAAUCAGGGCUUGAUUUGUGAUUUGAUGUGCUGUGCAUUUUUUUUUUUUUCUUUCUUUCUUUCUUUUUCUUUUUUUCCCCCCUUUUUUAAGGUCUUUUAUUUAGUAUGAAUUGAAACCCUCUGUGGAAUAAAGUAGUUAAAUCUUCUGUAUUAGCUACCGACUUGAGUCUCCAUGCAUAAUUGAAUCGGUAAAAAUUACACCCCCUCUUAUUUCCUUAUUAACCACUGAUGGCGGAUAAGAAAAAUAAAAGGAGAGGAAAACAUGCAAUGGCAACUAACACAAGAAGCACAAGUGGUGCCAAUGGUAAUCCACGACAGCGGACCCCCCAGAACAGGGGGGAUAGCCCAGCCGAUGACAGUAGCCGAAAAGAGGAUGGGGAGUUUGAGGAGCAGCGACGCAGCCGCGGGCGGGGGAGGGGGCGAGGGAGGCCGAGAGGACGAGCACGAGGGCCUCCUAGGGGUCUGCGCGUCAACAAGAGAAAUAAGAUAGAGAGUGAGGAAGAGGAAGAAGAGCCGGCUCCUCCGCCAGUAGAUGAAAAUGAACCUCCAAAGGCAAAGCAGUAUGACCAAGAUUGUGACAUAUCAUCGCUUGAGGCUCCAACCUUCACCACGCUGGACAGAGGACCUCCUGCCCCCAUGCUGCGACUGUCGUGGGACCAUCCUGUCAACCUCAUUGGGGAGAAGGUCUUGUCUCCCCGGAUACAUAUCUGCGAUACCUGCAAUAAGCCUAUCCUCAUCUAUGGAAGAAUGAUACCUUGUAAGCAUGUAUUUUGCCUGUGGUGUGCCCGUGGGGAAGACCGCAUGUGCGCAAGAUGUGGAGAGCGUGUGGCCAGAGUGGAGCAGAUAGGCCUUGGAACUGUAUUUAUGUGCAACUACAGUAUAAACAAAACUGUUUGUAAACGCACAUAUUUAUCUCAGAGGGAUCUCCAGGCACACAUAGACCACCGGCAUAUGAAAGUGCCUGGGGCAACAGGCCUGCCAAAGGAAGAGCUGAAAGAAGAGCGUUUAAGCCACAGAGACCCAAGGGGUGAAGGCAGGGACACAAGAACAGAUCCAAGGGGAGACAUCAGACAAGACCCAAGGGCCAUGUCAGACCCCAGGGUGAACAAGGAAGGCUAUGAACACAGGGAUUCCUAUUCCAACUCACAGUUCUCCCGCCAGGGCUCAGGGCAGUUUGGUUCUAAUCACGGGCAGUCUCACCAAACAGCAGGCAACCACCAGGCGUCCUCUCAUCACAUUUCAGUGAUUCCUGUAAUGACAACAGCCAGGACCAAUCUCAUCACCGUCCCACUGCAGGACCAGCCAGAACACUCGUCGCACUCCUCCUUCCAACAUUCUGGGCCAUCACAUCCAACGCCCCCACACCCCCCACCUCACAUGCCCCCCACGCAUCCUCCCCCAACUCACUCCUUCACCAGUCCACCCCCAGCUCACUCUCAGCCUCCCCCUUCCCAUCCCCAACCCCCACCAUACUCCUCUUCCUUUAGCACAGCCUAUAGUACACAGCCCCCACAGUAUACAUACCCUCCAAACCCAGCUGCCCCACCACCCCCCAACCCCAAUGUGCCGCCUCCACCAUACUCAAAUGUGUCACCUGCUGUUCCUCCCCCAACCACUUACGUCAACAGAUCUCAGUAUGACGGGCAGUACUCCACCGCGCAGUGGUCUACACCUCCACCACAGACGCCUCCUUCACACCCCCCUGGGCCCCCUCUCCACCAUCCUCCCCCACCCUCAGCUCAGUCCAGCCAAUACUACAGGAAAAAUUUCUAACAGGAUGGAUGUACAUUACACAGGAUUAUUGUAAUGAUGUUAAUGCUGUAGACUUGUUGGCUUCAGUGUAUUGUAAGGAUGUUGAUGUGCAGUAGUAGAUCUUUUGUAAAUGACAGGUAUUGCUGGGAAUGUGUGGAAAGGUGAAACUAAACCUUUUACUUUGAGAAAUGUGAAAGACAGAUAAUAAUGGGAGACUUAAUUUUUUGGAGUGAAAUUUAUCUACUUAUAAGAAAAUAUGUAAAUUUACUGUGCUUGAAUGUGAGGCCAUGAGAAAUCUUGCCUAGACUGCAAAGAAAUAUUGUAAUUAAGUGCCACAUUGUGUGUAAAGAUGUGCAAAUGUUAAUAUUUGCAAAUGUUCAAAUCUCUUGGAUAAUGGAAGUUGAAAUACUGUCUAUCACAUGCUUGGUGUUAUUAAGGGGACCAUCUGUGAUUUGGAAUGCAGAUAAGUCAAUUUGGGUUUAUUGCUAUGUAUUAAAAAAAUAAACUAUUGGGAUUGCGAAUAUUGAAAGACUAUUUUUUUAUUAGCAUUUCAUUUUUGUGUCAAGAUAAUGGAAAUAUUACACAAGUCUCACCAGUUAUAGCCAAGCCCUCUUUCAUUUAGCUGACAACAUGACAGAAUUAUAAUGGCAGCAUGUAAUUAUAUUCUGCAUUUUUUUUAUAGAGUUCAUCUGUUAAUUUUAUUUACUUAUAUAUUUUUCUUUUUAUCUUUUUUUAGUACCCUGGUUAACAGGUGGUUCCCUUCAUAUUUUUUUUCUUUUCUUUUUUCGAGUGCCAGAGAUUGCAUUUUAUUUUUGAUGUUUAAAUAAUAUCAGCUGGGAUAUGAUAAUACUUUCACAUCAUAUGCAUAUUUUUGCCAAAAAAAGAUUUCCAUACAAUAAAAAAUAACAUUGAA